AUGUCGUCCUCCGAACUUCGGCAUGGACUUCUCAAUGAUCAAUCUUUUUUAGAUAAUCUCCAAUCGCAUUACUAUUCACACUAUGAUUUGAAGCGAAAUACCACCUGUGCGAAUCCGUCUCCAGAAGAUGUGGAACACAAGAUCCCUGAUUGGAAAUCUCAGGGUAACAACAAAAAGACCACCACUGCCGCUUUGGUACUGUGCCUCAAUCUUGGUAUACCGCCACCCGACAUUCAAAGACCACAGGAAUGCCCUUAUUUCGAGUCGUUUGUGAAUCCCUCAGCGUAUUCCGACCCUAAAAAGGCCCUACAAGCAAUAGGAAGAAGCUUGCAAUCCAACUAUGAAUCGAUUUCCUCCAGAACAAAAUACAAGCAGUCUUUGGACCCCUCCGUUGAGGACUUGAAAAGACUGUGCACGAAUCUGCGUAGAAAUGCCAAGGACGAGAGAAUAUUAUUCCAUUACAAUGGGCACGGAGUGCCUCAGCCAACGCAAAGUGGUGAAAUUUGGGUGUUUAACCGAGGCUAUACGCAAUAUAUUCCAGUCAGCUUGUAUGACUUGCAGAACUGGAUAGGUGCUCCUUGCAUUUUUGUCGUUGAUACCAGUGCUGCAGGAAACGUGAUUGAGAACAGCAAGAAAUUUAUUCAGAAGAGAAUUGAUGACGAGGCUAAUCACAGAGGUGACAAUGCUGUUCCUUCCUCAGUCAGCUCAUAUAUAGAAUCUUUACAGUUGGGUGCUUGUCAAUCAAAUGAGACAUUGCCCAUGAAUCCGGACCUACCGGCCGAUCUUUUUACCUGCUGUCUUACCUCACCUAUUGAGACGAGCGUGAAAUGGUUUGUUUUGUCAUCGCCAUUGCGCAAAGAAGGCGAAUUUAAUAUAUUGAAGGAUAAAGAUGGACAGAUAGAGAUUCCUGGACGCCUAACGGAUCGAAGGACUCCCUUGGGAGAACUAAACUGGAUAUUUAUUGCCGUGACGGAUACCAUUGCAUGGACUUCGUUACCAAGACCGCUAUUUAAGAAGCUUUUUAGACAGGAUUUAAUGGUUGCUGCACUUUUCAGAAACUUUCUUCUUGCAAAAAAGAUCAUGCCACUGAAUGGCUGCCAUCCUAUAUCCGAUCCACCACUUCUGGAUGUAAAUGAUCACCCGAUGUGGGACGCUUGGGAACUGGCCAUUGACGAAAUUUUAGGUCAACUCGUGAAGCAAAAGAAAAAAGAGAAGCCACAGGAGGAUUUAUCGGAUAUUCCUCAGUUGCAACCACCGGAACCUGAACCUUCACAUCGUCAUCAUGGUGGCAAGCAGCAUCAGCAAGGCAACAAUGCCAACAUAACGACUGCAAAUAGCAACGGCAACAAUCAUCCGGUCAAUGAGAAUCAGAACGGAUCUACCACCGUGGGACCGGUUAAUGCUUCUCAAAAUGUCAUCAGCUACCAACAUUCUUCCUUUUUUGAGCAGCACCUUACGGCUUUUGAACUAUGGCUGAAGUACGGAUCAUCUACCAAAGAAUCGCCACAGCAGCUUCCUGUCGUCCUCCAGGUCUUACUAUCACAGGCUCAUAGAUUGCGGGCAUUACAUCUACUUUCAAAUUUCUUGGACUUGGGCCCAUGGGCAGUCUAUCUGGCAUUGAGUAUCGGUAUUUUCCCUUACAUUUUAAGACUAUUGCAAAGUCCGUCCCCAGAGCUCAAACCAGUUUUGACUUUUAUCUGGACCCGAACCAUGUCUGUCGAUUAUAAGAAUACGCAACAGGAGUUGUUCAAAGACAGAAGAUACAACUACUUUGUUCAGAUAUUCACUGCUCAGGCAAAUGCGCAGUCCCUGCCCAAUGUUAUAGAUGGCAUUGCCGGGAACACCUUGACAUUUGAUGACCAGAAGGCUAUGAGUGCAUUUGUGCUAGCCUGCUUUGUGCGUGGCUUCAAGAAUGGCCAGAAAGUGUGUUUCUCGUUGGAAUUGGUGAAGACUUGCAUUUUCUACAUCGAGACGUCCGAGAGUCCAUUGCUAAGACAAUGGAGUGCCAUGCUAAUUGCAGAAUUGGUCGAUGAUCACCUGGAGGCAGUUGCAGUAUUCAUGAAAAGCGGAUUGACUUUUAAGUUGCUUCAUCUUAUCAAUGACCCUAUUCCAGAGGUUCGUGCUUCCAUCAUAGACGCAUUGAAUAACUUCAUUAUUUUCGGUGGUGCGCAGGAUGAUGUUGAUAGGGGUUACUCCUUUCUCAAAGAAGAAAUUAAUCAGCAAGAACUUCAGAUCGCUGUUGAGGUCCUUAAUGUGAUAAAUGACGGUUCUCCGUUGAUCCGCAGAGAAGUGAACAGUUUUUUCAGCAGAUUUGUUGUCAAGUACCUUCAGUUCUUCAUAGUGAGCGCUUUUGGACAACUAGAGGAGGAGAUUACUCUCGUUGACAAUCCUUCGAUGAUAGAUGAGGUUAGGAGGCAAUCACCUGCUUAUGGGUCCAUAUUUUCAUCCAUAUGGAAGGCAAUCUUGAUAGCAAGCGAGGAUCCUCAUAAUGAGGUGAGGAACUAUGCAGAGCAAAUAGUCGACUAUGUUAUAUGGAAGAUGAACGAGAGUCAACUUGCCGACAUUGUUCAGGCCAUGGAGGAUUAUCUUCUUCAAAAAAGAGGUGGUAUAGGCCAAAUGUCUUCUGGAUCUAACGCUGGCAGCGAGAUUUCUUCGUUUAUUCAGCUGCCGAAACAAUCUAAACCUACGGGCGAUCAGGGAAGGAGAGUUCAAUCGAUGACUGCUGCCGGACCAGUAACCGAAAGAUAUGAUGGCCAUCCUUAUUAUCGACAACAGUUUCUCAACCAUAGGAGCAUGUCAUCAAAUUCCACUGUAUCGUUUAGCCAAAAGCUUCUCUCUAGGGCUGCUGGUUGGUUGAGAAACUUGAACAUCUCUGAAGACUACGAUGGAGAUGAAAAUUCGAGUGUUUUCAAGGUACCAUUGCAGCUGCAGCCAACUAAUAUGGCAUACGGUAGUUUGCCGGAACCGAUUACACCAAGAUAUCAUUCCAGACCGCGGGACAACGGUAAACCAAUUUUACCGUUGAAAAGUAAGUUUUUUGAAUACAGUUGCGAGUACUUCCAGGAACCUCAAUUGGGAAAGAAGGAGUCGGACGAGCCUGGCAGUGAGGAGUAUACAAAACGACUUUGGAGACGAAAUAGGAACGAGUCAAUCAUUGCAGAAACACAGCCACAGAAGGAACUGGCUUUAAGAGGCGAUUGGUCGCAUAUGAUUGCAAGCUUAAACAACAAAACACAACCCAAGCUGCUAAAAUUUACCCAGUUCGAAAAUUGGAUCGUGUCAACCGAUGAGAAGGACACGAUUACCACGUUUGAUUGGGAGAGGCAGGUUGAAUUAUCCAAAUUUUCGAAUGGAAAUCCCUUUGGUACCAAGAUUUCCGAUAUUAAGUUUUUGAAUGAGGAUGAUGUGCCGUUGCUUUUGACAGGUUCAAGUGAUGGAGUGAUUAGGAUCUAUAAAAACUUUAAUGAUCUUUCCGAGUACAAAUUGAUCACAGCAUGGAGAGCUCUUACCGACAUUUUACUUACGCCAAGAUCGAUGGGAUUAAUCAGUGAAUGGCAGCAAAGCAGGGGCACACUAAUGGUGACUGGAGACACCAAGAUCAUCAAAAUCUGGGACGCUCCAAGAGAAAAAUGCGUGAUAGAUAUUCCCCUAAGAUCAACGUCACAGAUCACCACGUUAACUUCAGAUCAAGUAAGUGGAGAUAUAUUUGUUGGUGGAUUUUCUGACGGUACUAUUAGAGUGUACGAUAGAAGGUUGGAAGCCCGAGAUUCGAUGAUAAAACUUUAUCGACCAAAUACAAGAAAUGGGAGUGGAUCUCUGAUUAAGAACAUCCACAUGCAGAGAGGAGGAAUGAGGGAGCUUGUUUCAGGUUCCGCAAACGGAAUAGUACAACUUUGGGAUAUCCGUAAAGACGAUCCGAUCUUGAAGUUUAAGGCCUUUGAAAAGACGAUGACUACUGCGUUGAUACAUGAGCAUGCACCAAUCAUAGCGUGUGCCUCAAAAACAGUGGACUUAUACAAUACUGCUGGUCAGAGGAUUGGAUCUGCCUCCAAUGCAGGAUUCUUGGGCCCAUUGAACGGCACUGCUAGAAGCAAUAGUUACGUCAACUCUAUGGCUCUGCAUCCUCAUCGAAUGAUGCUAGCUACAAAUCAUAGACAGAGUGCUAACAUUUGUGUUUACCAAUGUACGGAUAAUACUGUCGAAGAGUACUGA